AUGGCCCAAGCCAAUAGAGAGGUUAUAGUCCCCGUGAACUCAAAUGUGGGUACGACGACUUCUAGAGUAAGGGACUUCACAAGGAUGAAUCCUCCAGAAUUUUAUGGUUCAAAGAUUGAAGAAGAUCCUCAAAAGUUUAUUGAUGAGGUAUACAAGGAGUUAGCCAUCAUGGGAUUGACUCCAGUGGAAAAGGCGGAAUCGAGGAGAAACUUAAAGAGAGGUAUAGAAAGGCUUAAGAGGUUAAGAAUGCAUGAUGGUAACUCUUCCCACCCUAAGUUCGGUGGACGUGGUCGUUCAAGGUUUCAACAAAGGUUUUCCAGGAAAGGUUUUUCUAAGGCUCCCCCAAGGUUCAACAAUGAAAGGGUGUCUAACCCUAAGCCUCAAGGAGGUGGUAUUGGGUCGUCAUUUCCGGAUUAUGCUAAGUGUGGAAGAAAGCACGAGGGCAAGUGUCUAGCGGGUUCCAAUGCUUGCUUUGGUUGUGGUAAGAUGGAUCACAAGAUAAGACAUUGUCCUUCGGUUCCAAGAAAUGAAGGAGAUAGUUGGCAUAGGGCUCAACCCUAUCCUUCAUCUGGUCCAAGUGGUUUGGAUGUGAAUACUCCUAAGCAGAAAUGA